AUGGCUGAAACCAAGGCAGUUAUCAAGAGCGCCGAUAUGAGCGAGGAAAUGCAACAAGAAGCUAUCGAAUGCAGCACACAAGCUCUCGAAAAGUACAACAUUGAAAAGGAUAUUGCUGCACACAUUAAGCGAGAAUUUGACAAGAAGUAUGGUACCACCUGGCAUUGUGUUGUGGGUCGCAACUUUGGCAGCUUUGUCACGCAUGAAUCCAAGCACUUUAUCUACUUUUACCAUGGUCAAAUUGCUAUCCUACUAUUCAAGUCUGCUUAG